GACUACGGGGAAUGAGGCUGACGGCCAACGGCGACGCUUAUAAAUAAAGCGCCCACCGCUGCACGGAGUGGUACUGUAGACUUUAGUGAAGAGUAAACCAGCAGGGAGCGGCCGCAGUUCAUUGUUGCAUCGAAGGCGACGGGGAAUGAGUCCAUUCUUGCAUGUCUCUGUGUUAAAGCGAAGAAUUGCGGUGCAUCUCCUGCAAAAAGCAGAGGAAACCGGUUAGAGGAGGUGAACAGGUUCAGGCCUUGACUGGAGGAGCUGAUGUGACGUAGCAGUCCACCGACACACACGCGCGCGCCGGCUGCUGCUGCCUGCAAGGAUCUCAGUUUAGGGAAAUGACCGCGAGUGACCUCAAGGGAAACACUGUAUUUUAGCGGCUGUUCGCAGUUUUGUUUUUACGGACAUUAUAGUAAAAUAUACGACACAAUUUAGCCACAUACUUUAGAUUAAAAUACGUUAUAUUUAGACGCUAGCUGGUCGCUAGACUGCCUCGUUACGUUGGAAGACGGGCUAGUAUUAGCUGGCUAAGCUAAAGUAGCCGGGAUAGACACUGCUAGCGGCUGGGGCUCUUACGUUUUGUUUCCCUCACAGAUGCUAAGCUACGUUCGGCUAGGGUAGCUGCUGCCAUGGAUAAAGCCAAGUCAAUGGUGGAUAAGAAAGGAGCUUCGGGACCCUUUCAUGUUAACAAUGGGCAGAGCCAGAAGGUUUUUCACAGUCAUGUCAUGGUGGCCACUAACGGCAGCUGUUGCAGCAGCAGCAGCAGCAGCAAUGCAUUCGGCUCAAGCACCGUACCCAGCGGCAGCGGCACUUUUGAAAACAUGCAUCAUCUGCACCGCGGGGAUGAUGCAGAGUGCAACGGGUCCCCGGCCAAGAGGUGCAGACUACGGAGGAGGACCGAGUCGGUGCGAAAACACAGACCCCCCUUCCCCUGGUUUGGUAUGGACAUUGGUGGGACUUUGGUCAAGUUGGUGUACUUUGAGCCAGUCGAUAUAACUGCAGAGGAAGAACAGGAGGAAGUGGAAAACCUCAAGUCAAUCCGCCGCUACCUCACCUCAAACGUUGCCUAUGGUAAAACAGGUGUCCGUGACGUUCACCUGGAGCUGAGGAAUAUGACCAUGUGCGGCAGGACAGGAAACCUGCACUUCAUUCGCUUCCCAACACAGGCCAUGCCCCGCUUUAUUCAGAUGGGACGGGAUAAGAACUUCUCUAGCUUGCACACAACACUCUGUGCCACUGGAGGCGGGGCUUACAAGUUUGAGAAUGAGUUCAGAAUGAUGGCUGACCUGGAGCUGCUUAAGCUGGACGAGCUAGACUGCUUGAUUCGUGGUCUGCUGUUUGUCGAUCGGGUAGGCUUCAACGGACACCCUGAGUGCUACUACUUCCAGAACCCAUCAGACACCCAGAGCUGUGUGAAGAAGCCCUGCACUUUGGACAACCCCUUUCCUAUGUUGCUGGUCAACAUUGGCUCAGGAGUCUCCAUACUGGCUGUGUACUCAGAGAACAACUACAAACGGGUGACUGGUACCAGUCUGGGAGGUGGUACAUUCCUGGGGCUUUGCUGUCUGCUCACUGGCUGCGAGACGUUUGAGGAGGCUUUGGAAAUGGCUAGCAAAGGUGACUCUACAAAUGUGGACAAACUGGUGAAAGAUAUCUAUGGGGGAGACUACGAGCGAUUUGGUCUACAGGGCUCUGCUGUAGCAUCCAGUUUUGGUCACAUGAUGAGCAAAGAGAAGCGAGACAGCAUCAGUAAGGAAGACCUGGCCAGAGCCACUCUGGUCACCAUCACUAAUAACAUAGGAUCCAUAGCACGCAUGUGUGCAGUCAACGAGAAAAUUGAGCGUGUGGUGUUUGUUGGGAACUUCCUCCGUAUCAACACAGUGUCCACCAAGCUGCUAGCUUAUGCCAUGGACUACUGGUCCAAAGGCCAACUAAGAGCUCUCUUCCUUGAACACGAGGGUUACUUUGGAGCUGUGGGAGCACUGAUGGAGCUGCUCAAGACAACAGAGGACCCCUGAAGGAAAUUCUGUCAGGACAACAUCAACUCUUGACAAGACGAUGUCACCUGCCCUUGAAGGCCGUGAUGUCUUAAUGCUGUGACAUCAUCAACUUUUGAAGCUGCUGAAAGGUCCCAUUCGUCGAGGCCACAAAAGGAACACUAAGAGAGAACACAGAAACUGAUAAAAGCCAUUUUUAAUAAUUUAACACCUGUAAAUAACAAUGACCUCUAAUAUUCAUCUCUUAAAUUUCCCAUCAUCCCCCUAUCAUAGACGUUUAAUAUUGUAAUCUUUUAUUUAUGGUUUCCGUUAAUGGGGUCUGCUGAUUCGUGUAAUCAGCCCUAUGUCAGGAAGCAGAGACAAAAAGUAUUUUGGUGUAUUUUGUUAUUGUGUUUGUGUGAAUAGCUACUGUAGCAUUACAUCCUGGGGACAGUAGUGCGCCGGGAAACAAUUUGUGCAACAGUUCUUUAAAAUGGGAUACCUUUGCAGAAGAGUUAACUGCUGAAUGAGGGAUUUGUACCACCAGCAACUCAAGGAAACAUCACCUUUGGGCAGCUGUGGUUGCCGGUUUGUUGCACAAAAAGUAGCCCAUUGCUCUACUGUUUCUGCAGAGUGCACUGAAGCCAAAACCUGUUGAGAUUCAUACUUUACCUGCCUCCUUCAGCUCCAAUGGGAAGCAAAAAAACAAACAAACAAAAAACGGUCUUUAUUUUGCUCUACUGCAUAUGGCCUUUGCUUUUUGUUUGUCUCUCCUUUGUCUGCCUAUAUGUAAGCAAAACUAGCACCACCAGAUUGCCAUGCAUGCAUACUCAACCUGCUGAGUUUAGUGUUAGGUGAUGGGACCAAGACGUUGUCUUCCAACAGAUUGCAGUGCAUCAUUGAUUUCUGUUCUGUUCUGUUCUGAUUGGCAUCGCCAGAACUACUGUUAAGGACCCAGUCUGACUCGGCUGCUUGUGUUUGUGAUGUAUGAAAUACUUGAUCUGAUCUUUAUAUUUAUUUCUGUUUUUCUUUAACUUCCCUGUUUUCUGUCAGUGUCAGGAAGAUGGAAGCUUCAUUCAUCCUUUUCUGGCUUUUCUGCCACGCUGAUGCCUUGUUUGGGGAUUUGUAGUGUGAGUUUAAUAAAUGUUCAGACUCAGAAUCCCAACAUAAAAAAUAGUUAGCUGAUGAUGCAAAGGUAAAGUGUCAGUUUGGGGGAGACAGCUAAAAGUCAUCCCAACAUGUUAGACUGUUUACCAUUCUGGUGCCGACACUGUUGGUAGCUGUUUUAGGUUUGGACCAUUAAUUGUAUUUUCCCCCAAACCCCAAUUACUCAUCUCUAAAAACAAGCACUUACAGAAUUUUAAGAGUUGCCCAACAUUCCCAAGAAUUUUAAACAGGUACUUUAUGCUUGCUGUGAAACAACCAUAAAAACCUGGAAAAUACCUAAAUCCAAAUUGUCUAAAUUGAAAUAAUUGGUGAGUAUUAGCCACAAUUAUGUGGUAGACUUUGAACAGAGAAUGGGCUUCGUAUGCUAUUGCUGCCUGUUUGCACUGAUCUAAGUCUAUAUUGACACUAGCACUAUAAACAAGUCUAUUUUUAACACUUAGGGUAAUACCCAUAGGAUCAGAGACUCAGACCCUUUGAACCGAGAGCCAGUCCAGAUUUCUGCACUGAGGUAACCGGGGCUGAAAUAACACACUUGUAUAUUUAUCAUAUACUUGAAAAUGGCACAUAGAGCUUUAAUAUGUAAUAAUUUAGCAUUGCCAUUUUUUAAAGGAAACAUAGCGUGAUCUGCGAUUAUUUGAGAAUGCUGAAACUUAGUUAACAUGAGCGCAUGUUUGCAUGGACACAGGAAAGGUUUGUGUUAUUUACUAAGCUUAGAAACAACAGUUGUAGGGAGACCCACUACUAGUAAGUUUUCCAUUUGCUAUAAGAAUUGUAUAGUGUUUUUCGAGAAACAGACCACAAGUGUAUUACGCUGUUAUGUCCCACCCAUCUUCACUUCCUAGCCUGAACCUUUCCAGCCUUUCUUUUUAUCAUAAAAGCAGCUAAGCUAUAAAGCUGGGCAAAGCAGGAAAUACUGUCCACUGUUUUAUAUUAGGCGUAACUGUCUACCUGCCUUUACUCUCCCAAAUAGGAACUAUGCGCUUUACGCAAUUUCGAGUUAGUCGUCGCUUAAUUCGCCUUCAAUCAUUAGACUUUUUAUCAACACUCACACCUCCAGCUGUGUUCAGUAUUGCGGAUUUUUGUGAAAAUCUUACCUACAGUACCUGAAUAACACAGAUAUAAACUUAAAAUUACAAGGGUAAAAUCCUAAGGAUCUAGCUUAAUGUAGCCUACUAAAGUAUUCUGAACAUUUUAUUGACAAAUAUUGUCCCCACUUCACCAUCUAACACAGCGGUCCCCAACCUUUUUUGCGCCACGGACCGGUUUAU